GAGGUUUCCUAAAAAGCUUCCUGUCACUUUCCCUCUUUAAACAGUUCUGAAAGAAGUCCUAACAAUGACAGGAAAGAAUGUGAACCCCUCGUUCUUCCUCCUGAAAAUGUGGUAGAAAAACAAAGCUGUUCAAUAGUCCUGUUCCUGUAGGCAAAAAAAACCCAGACAGAAUCCACCUCCAUAAGCUGCCGGACUCACAGGGGAGACGCUCUGCACAUUGCUGGUAAUUCACUAUGGCUUGGUCAGUUCUGAUGCUUCUGGGAUUAUCAUUAAACAGCUGGGUGUCAGCAGAGCCGUAUACUCCCUGCCCUGCCGAAUGUACCUGCCUUCCUGCUGAGCGCCACGUUAUAUGCUCUAAUGCCAACCUCACGUUUAUACCACCUGGAAUAGACAACUCCACAGCGGAGCUUCAUAUGGACCACAACCACCUAACAAUUCUUCCACAGAGUUUUCAUCAGGACAUGGCGGAGAUGAGAUCCCUCUACUUGAGAAACUGUAACCUCAAAACCAUCAAGUCCAACGCUUUCCAGAAAGUCACUGGUAUACAGCAUCUGUUUUUGGACAGCAAUGAGAUACAAGAAAUGGAGAAUGGCACAUUUGAUGAUCUGAGCGGUUUACUUUAUCUGUAUCUAUCACAGAAUAAAAUUAGCUAUCUGCAACCAGGUAUAUUUUCAGUGCUGAGGAAUCUUGUUGCGCUCUACUUGAGGGACAAUCAACUGACUGAGAUUUCGGACGGGUCCCUGAGAGGUCUGACCCAGUUACGCUGGCUUGACUUGGGGUUUAAUAUGAUCUCCAAUAUUUCUAAGGAAGCUUUUGAUGACUCCAAAAAUCUUCGUAAACUGGAACUGGAAAACAAUCUCCUCACCAGCGUCCCUUCCUUUAGAUCUAAAGUCAAUCUCCAGACGCUGCGUCUCAGCGGGAACAGUAUCAGGAAGCUGUCCCUUACUUCUUUUAGUAAAAACUUAAAAAGUCUCAGCGAACUCUAUGUUGACAAUGUAGGACUUAAAAAAGUAACAAGCAUGGCUUUCAGUAGAAUACGCAGGCUUGACGUGCUUGACUUACGGAACAACAGCUUGACAUCUCUCUCCGUGUACCGAAUGAAGAGCUCCACCACACUCUACCUCAGCGGUAAUCCCUGGAAAUGUGACUGCGCCAUCGCUGAGCUCUACAUCCGAAUACUGCUGAGUAAUAAGAAAGACCCAGAGCAGGAGGUGCAGUGCAAGAGCCCCAAGGGACUCGAGGGGAGAAGUCUGACUACGCUAAAUAUAUUAAAUCUCAAUUGCAAAUCCUUUGCCGUUGACGCUACAACCUUUUCCCCAACAAAGCAAACCGAAGGGCAUUUUAUAAAGACGUCUCCAUCAGUGGUGACUAAAAGCACAGCUGGUACCACAUUCAGAACCACUGCUGGUACCACAUUCAGAACCACGCCACAAACAUCUCCUAUGUGGAUUAACACAAUAGAGGAGGAUCCAUGUUUCGCAGAUGACAUAUCUAACAUCUUAGUGAAACCAGCAGAGGAGUAUUCUCUUGUCGUUUCAUGGUCCAGCUCCAGAGAUUACAGAUACUUCCAGGUAUAUUACUCUGCUGAUGACCACAAGGACACAUUGCGAAUUUCUGGAGAAAAAACACAUAUCCAACUUUUCUACCUAUUUCCUGGCACAACCUAUUCUGUUUGCAUUGUCCCUCGAAACAAGGACAUUAUGACAUGUGAAAACCCAAAACCCAAGCAGUGUGCAAAUGGUCAGACCAGUGGACUACCAGAAACAGCGUAUCAUAUCCACUCUCCACCGAAGGCCACCACCUCUCCAUUUGUGAUUGUUGGCUCCACAGUGGCUGGUGUAGUGAUUUUAGCAGCGAUUAUUAUCAGUGUCUAUACAAUGCGUUCAAGAAACUUUCAGUUCCAACGAUAUCACAAUGAAGAUGAAAUGGAGGGCAGCAAGCAAGAGGAAGCCGAUCCAUAUAAGUGGGAUAACACCUAUGGAAAUAUAGAUGAGGAUAGGCAUAUCUAUGUUACUUCAUCCAGCGUAUGGGGAAUGGAAAAUGAUAAACUUGACUGUAGUUUGGCCGAGCCCAUUCCCUUACCUUCAGUUCCACAGUAUGGUUCCCACUGAUUUCAUGUAUGUUGUAGACAUUAAAGGGGUAAUCCGCCCCUAGA